AUGCCGUGCCUGUUACCUGAUUCAGGUCCAACGCAGUGUGCUCUGGACUGGGUCAUCGGCCGGGAGCCAGAAAACGAGCUUCGCGUCUUCCAAACCUUGAACGAAGCCUUCGACGACGUGAGGAUAUGGGCUUUUCUACAGCACAACGGGACGCUGGAAAUGCCAAUGAACUUCGCGACAAAGUCUCGUUUCACGCACAAACUGCAAAUGCAGUAG